UAUGGAGUGCUGAAAUUCGUUGUUCUAGUUGUUUCUGCCAUGGUUGUAAAUUUAAAAUUUUCAUGGUUUUUUUUAAUGUAUGUGAUGUGAUCUUUCCCAGUAAAAAAAAAUCACAUUUUCUGCUAGGAUUUUAGUAUCUGCUCAUUAAAAUAAUACCAUAUCUUGUAAUAUAAGGAAUAUUCUAACACUUAUGCCAGAUCUGUCACUUUUAAACUGUAAAAUGAAAGUAUAUUUUUCUGAAUCUAAUGUUAUUCCCAUGUUUAUAAUGGUAUGUAUAGUACAGCAUCUAAAUUCAGUAUUUCGAUUAGUAAUUUUUUUAACAUACAAACCAAUGCUGACCCUGGAUCACAUGGAUUAAAUUUUUGCAAUUGUUUAAUGGCAGCCUCUAGCUCUGUACAUGCUGUGAAUUUUUUAAUCAGGUUACCAACUUGUGUAUAUACUGUCAAAAUGUAGUUCAAAAAAAUUAGAAGAUGAGAUUUUUUUUGCUGAAAUUUAAUCAUUUAGUAUAAAAAGUUUACAAAUUUCAGGUAUGUUUGGAGUAUAUGACAGGUUAUUAUUUAUGCUUAUGAGUUAUGAGGAAAGCUAAGUUUAGUUUUGUUUUUCUUGUCUCAAUUAGUCUUGGAAAAGAUCGUUCUCACACCAACCAAACUCCUAAAAUAAAAUUUUCUUUGGACUUUACUUUGGAUUUGUUUUACUUGCUGUCUUUUCUUGUCCGAAUCCCGUCGAAUUGUCUUGUUCUAUUUAAGUCUAACCUUGUGCUCUUCUUUGCAUUAUACAUGCCAUUGCCAUUGCCAUAGCUAAUUUGCUCACUCUUGUGCAGAUUCAAUAGUAAAGAUCAGAUCUUUUAUUCAGAACAGAAACUCUCAUGGCAUUUGCUAGAAUUGCCAGGACUGGCUUGCGAAGAACAGGAUGCACAAGCGGUAGUUAUGCUAGUCAUAAGUUGUAUUCAUCUUCCUUCGAAAAUGUGGCAGCAGGCAGCAAUUUUUCGUACCUUUCGAGCAUUAACAGGGUAAAUCAUUCAAGUUAUUGGAGCAGGGGAAUCAGUGGAACCCCAAGUUACCAAUUUCCUAACGCGGAGAGAAUCAUAGAUGAGCAUGAUGAACCUAAGUAUCCGGGUUUAGAAGCGACCAAACCUGGCGAAAAGCCGAGGGUGGUUGUACUUGGGACCGGAUGGGCAGCAUGCCGAUUCAUGAAAGGACUUGACACCAAGAUUUAUGAUGUUGUUUGCAUAUCACCAAGAAAUCACAUGGUUUUUACUCCUUUACUUGCUUCAACUUGUGUCGGAACACUUGAAUUUCGAUCUGUAGCUGAGCCUGUUAGCCGAAUACAAUCAGCAUUGUCAGGAGAUGCCAACUCAUAUUUUUACCUAGCUUCCUGCAAUGGCAUUGACACAGACAAACAUGAAGUAUACUGUGAGACUGUUAGCAAUGGUGGAUUACCGCAGGAGCCUUACAAGUUUAAAGUUGCAUAUGAUAAACUUGUGAUUGCUUCUGGGGCUGAGCCUCUGACAUUUGGUAUCAAGGGAGUAGAGGAGCAUGCAUUUUUUCUUAGAGAAGUAAAUCAUGCUCAAGAAAUAAGGAAGAAGCUCCUCUUGAACCUCAUGCUCUCUGAAAAUCCAGGCAUAUCUGAAGAAGAGAAGAAUCGUCUCUUACACUGUGUUGUCAUCGGAGGUGGUCCUACAGGGGUCGAAUUUAGCGGUGAAUUGAGUGAUUUUAUCUUGAAAGAUGUUCGAGAGCGGUAUACUCAUAUAAAGGAUCAUAUCAAGGUUACUCUGAUAGAGGCCAAUGAGAUACUAUCAUCUUUUGAUGUUGGACUACGGCAAUAUGCAACAAAUCAUUUGACUAAGUCUGGUGUCCGUUUUACAAGAGGUGUAGUGAAAGAAGUGCAUCCCAAGAAACUAGUUCUGAGCGAUGGAACUGAAGUUCCAUAUGGCCUAUUGGUAUGGUCUACUGGUGUCGGUCCAUCUAAGUUUGUAAAAUCACUAAAUGUCCCCAAGUCCCCUGGUGGAAGGAUUGGCAUUGAUGAAUGGUUGCGGAUUGGUUCUGUAGAAGAUGUGUUUGCACUUGGAGACUGUGCUGGUUUUCUUGAACAGACAGGGAGGCCAGUGCUUCCUGCUCUAGCUCAGGUAGCAGAAAGGCAAGGGAAAUAUCUAGUUAAACUGUUUAACAAGAUUGGACAUGAAAAUGGAGGCAAAGCUUUUUGUGCAAAGGAUGUUCCUCUUGGUGAUCCUUUUGUGUACAAACAUAUGGGCAGCAUGGCUUCAGUUGGACGUUACAAGGCACUGGUUGAUUUGCGCCAGUCUAAGGAUGACAAAGGCGUAUCAAUGGCUGGAUUCGUAAGCUGGUUAAUAUGGCGGUCAGCUUAUCUUACACGAGUUUUAAGCUGGAGAAACAGAUUUUACGUGGCUGUGAACUGGGCAACCACCUUUGUUUUUGGCAGAGAUAACUCCAGAAUUGGAUAGACUUCACCACCAUUAUCCACCACCUCUCCAAAUUCUUGAAUUUUCACAAUGCCUUGACCUUGAAGUAAGGUUUAAGUUGUUAAUUAAGAUGGAUUAGAAAAUAAAUUCCACACCUUACAGUUGUGAAUCUUUUGUUACUUCCAAGAAACCAAAGUGUUGUAAUCUGGAUGGUAUAAUUUCAUGUAAAUAAAAAGAUUUUGGCAA